UGCGAAUUCGCAAUCAGUUCGCAAGUGGGAACCGAUCCAGUCAGAUGGCAGCCGCAGUAGUCCAAAGUCUCGCAGGCCAGGAGAAUCUCUUCGUGAGCCGGGCCACAAUCCAGUUGCAGCUGCCACAGGGUUCGCCACCCAGUUCGCCCAUCUUUGAGUGGCGCACAGAGGUGGCCACGCCUACGCCGGCGCCCGUUCCCGCCCACGAGGAGAAGUGCAUUAGUGGGAAGCAGAGCACGGAAGCUGCCACGCCCAAGAACAAUUACUACACGCCCCCGCGAAUCCUGGGCACGGAGGCGAAGCGCAAGAACCUGCCCCAAACGUUGAGCAACUUCUUCGAGGCGGAGCGCUACUCCAGCGCCUGGAAUCGCGUGACCAAGUAGACUACUCUUCCAGUCCCCAAAUCGAGUUCCAAUCCGAGAAAGCCAAGCGAAGGGAGGCCUAAUCGAUUAACCCAUUAAGUGGCAAGAGCUGCAGGAUAGUGAAAUUCCAUUCCGUUGCCAAAAAUUCCAAUUCAUGCCCCAAAAUUGCUUGCCUGCCCAGGGAUUGGAGUGGGUGGAUAGAAAUGGCCGCCCAGGGCUGAAGGAACUAUGUAUAUAAGCAUCCCAUGAAUAUUUAUGUGCCACCCUCUUGUACCCUGAUAAUGCAAUAAAAGUAUUAUUUGAUAGAUAAAGCGGAA